AUGGACGACAUGGCACAACAGCAGCGGCCACUAGAGAACAGCUACUGGCGAUCCUUGCCGGGAGCUGAGCCGAGGGGUGCGUGGUUGCAGCGCGAAUACCCGCCGCCGUCGUUGGGACCCUGA